UCAUUGUCUCUGCGGUUUCACGGCCGCUGCACAACGCUUCUUCAACUCUUCCUCUGCCGUCUACAAGUGGAUUUUGGUGGAACUCUCAUCACUGACUCUGACGUCGCUGCAUAUUUUUUGCUUUGCUGUGAAGAAAAAGAGGCUUGCAGCUGUGUUGCGCUUGGUCGGUUCACGGGCAGCCGAUUGACAAAGAGACUCCUGGGCGCAUCGACGAAGCUCAACCCAACCUUGGGAUUUACUUGAAAAGAAACUCACCAUGGCACCGGGGGAGAAGUCGCAGAGUGCGACAUUCUAUGGGGUGCCAAUGAAACAUGUUUCCCUGAUCACCCUCACCUUCCAAAACUCCGCCCUCAUUCUCAUUAUGCACUACUCCCGCAUCAUGCCCGUUGUUGGUGGGCACCGAUACUUCACAUCCACAGCGGUCCUCUUGAACGAAGUACUCAAACUAUCCGUCAGCUUAACCAUAGCAUUAUACGACAUUUCGCGGACAAUGCCCCCAUCGACACCUGCUACGGCACUAUUUGAACAACUUUACAACUCUGUGUUUUCCGGAGAUGGCUGGAAGCUAGCGAUCCCGGCGUCGUUAUAUACCCUUCAGAAUUCUCUCCAAUAUAUUGCAGUGAGCAAUUUGGAUGCUGUUCACUUUCAAAUUUUGUAUCAACUAAAGAUUCUUACCACUGCCCUUUUCAGCGUAACCAUGCUUCGACGCACACUUUCUGGGCGGAAAUGGACUGCUCUUGUAUUACUCACUAUCGGUGUUGUCAUUGUGCAGCUUCCAUCUUCCGAUAAGGUCUCUUACGCCACCAUCUUUGAGGAUGCGUCGAAAUUCGCGUUUCCGCGGUCAUUCCACGAGGUUGGACAGGCGGCCCAUCAUGUCGCAGAUGAAGUAUCGAAGAGAAGUCUUUCGGCGCUAACAAAGCGCUCUGCUACUUAUGAGGGCAUCGACAAGGAUCUUGGCCAUGAAAAGGCAGCCAUGAAUUACUCCCUUGGCUGCAUCGCCGUCCUAACUGCCUCCGUUAUUUCGGGUUUGACAGGCGUAUAUUUCGAGAAGGUCUUGAAAGAUAGCUCGGCAUCCAUCACAGUCUGGACACGCAAUGUUCAGCUCUCAUUCUACUCCCUUUUCCCUGCCCUCCUCAUUGGAGUUGUGUACAAAGACGGCGGCGAAAUUGCAAAGAACGGAUUUUUCGCGGGCUACAAUUCUGUGGUUUGGACGGCGAUUGCGUUCCAGGCGCUUGGUGGUGUUUUGGUAGCAAUGUGCAUUAACUACGCGGAUAACAUUGCGAAGAACUUCGCGACGAGUAUCAGCAUUAUUUUGAGCUUUUUGUUCAGCGUUUGGUUCUUCGACUUUAAGGUUACAUCCAAUUUUCUCAUUGGCACUGCAGUUGUCAUCUUUGCAACAUACCUCUACAGCCUUAAUGACAAGGGCCGCUCUCGCCCACCGCCUAUCAACAUUGCAACCUACGAGAAGACGACGAUUGACAACGGCUACACUCCCGCCGAAGACAAGAAGAACCUUCUUACCCCAUUAGACUUGAUGAACACGAACAAAGCGGGCUUGAGCACGAGCCGCCCAAGUUCGCCAAUCGGCCAACCGAGGACGGGCGCCUGGAAAGGCAAGCGAGAAGACUGAACGGUCAAUUUCUCUCGCUGCAUAUAUGGGCAUGUAAAUCAAAUAGGCAAGGAAGGGUAAAAACAAAACUGGGCAGGAUUCGAAAUGGAAAUGCCGAACGACGGCACGGCGUGAUACCAGGCGUCAGGAGGGUGGGGUAGGUGGUUAGACUGGAGGGAAGCAUUUUGCAUGGAAGGAAGGGAUCUUGGGCAGCGAAGACUGCGAGGCCAGUUAGACGAAGCUUUGGAAAUUAGCUGAGGUGGGCCGGAUGUGAGAUAUAUUUCCGUUCCAUGUUGGAUGGAGUUUAUAGAAAUAUAUUUGUUUGAGUAUUACCCUGUCUCUUCUUGCAACUUUCACAAUACCCUCUUGUUUGAAUCUGGGCAAAAGGUUUAUUUGUUUCCAGCUUAUUACCAACAACCAUAUGUAAGUGUUGAGAUUUAUUCACCUGAGAAAAAUGCACCAAAGGAGAC